CAGGGUUGUGACGCAUCAGUUUUGUUGAACAAGACUGAUACUAUUGUGAGCGAACAACAAGCUUUCCCAAAUAACAACUCUUUAAGAGGUUUAGAUGUUGUGAAUCAGAUCAAGACUGCAUUGGAAAGUGUUUGUCCUAACACAGUUUCUUGUGCUGAUAUUCUUGCUCUUGCUGCUGAAUUAUCUUCAACUCUGGCUGGUGGUCCUGAUUGGAAAGUUCCAUUAGGAAGAAGAGAUAGUUUAACAUCAAACCAAUCACUCGCUAAUAUAAAUCUUCCAGCUCCAUUCGACACAUUGGAUAAACUUAAAUCUGCUUUUGCUGCUCAAGGCCUCAACACUACUGAUCUAGUUGCUCUCUCAGGUGCUCAUACAUUUGGAAGAGCUCAUUGCAACUUAUUUGUUAGUCGAUUGUACAACUUCAGCAAUACUGGCAGUCCUGAUCCAACUCUAAACACAACUUAUUUACAAGAUUUGCGCAAAAUAUGUCCUAAUAGUGGACCAGGCAAUAACUUCACCAAUUUUGAUCCGACAACUCCUGAUAAAUUUGAUACGCUCAUCCUUCAUCUCUCCAAUUUAGGAUCAUGUUAAUUUGCUAUGGUGAAAAUCCACCCUCGACUACA